GCUUCGUCCAGGUCGCACCGUCACCCGUCACUCCCAGUCUUUGCAUGAGCCUUCUCCAUGCGCACUAUGCCCUCCGCAACCAACAGGCCUUCCAGCGCCUCAUCGAGGGCAUCUCUAAACCACCUGCUCACUCAUCUUCCUCCCACUCUCACUCGCACAACCAACACAAUACGGGAACGAGUAAUAGCGGCGGCCGCUCCUGGAAUCGUCCCAGUAUCCUCUCCUCCGCCCUCCAAUCUCAGGGGCACGGAUUGGAUGUGAACGCGCGGGAUUGGUUGGGUAGGACGGUAUUGCAUCUCGCAUGCUCAGCGACGGAUAGAGCUUCGGUCGAAUAUGUGAGGCUGUUGCUUGGGUGUCCGGGGAUAAAUGUGAAUGCGCAGGAUGUGGAGAAUCGGUGGACGGCGUUGCAUAGGGCGUUGUAUAGCGGGAAUAUCGAGGCUGCGAUCCUCCUGCUCCAGCGCUCGGAUAUCGACACGAGCCUGACGGACUGGGAAGGCUAUCGCGCGUUCGAUCUGUAUAAUACGACCGUAGAGGAUACGAAACCGCCGAGGGGGAUUGGGGCGGCGGAGUUGUUUACUUGGGGGACUAAUAGGAACGCGGCCCUAGGCCAUAACGACUCCGACGACAGGACGUACCCCGAACAGGUCCUCAUCCGCCCUAAGUCUUCCUCCAAUUCCGGCGCACAUACCAGGACGGACGCAGAGAAACAGAGCACGCAGGGUAAGGGGUUGAGGUUGAUGUUGAAGAGCGCGGCGGUGAAGGAGGUCGUGAUGGCGCGGUUGCAUACGGUCAUCGUCACCGACGAGCCGAGGGGAAAUCUUAGGGUGUGUGGGUUCGCGAGCUCGGGUCGCCUCGGCCCAACCCCAGCCCAACACUCCCUCUACACCCCAACCCCCCUCCCCUCCCUCGACCAACACAAAAUAGUCUCCGUCGCGCUCGGGCAGGACCACACACUCGCGCUCACCGAGGCUGGCUCGGUGCUUUCGUGGGGGUUGAAUAGGUUUAUGCAGUUAGGGUAUGUCGUUGAGGGUGCUGCGCCUUCAGGUGGGGCAAGUGGUGCGAAAGUAGUGACAGUAUCAGGGGCGGGAGGACCAGGAGGAGGAGGAGGAGGGGACGAGGUACAAAUGACGCCGCGGGUGAUAGCGGGCGGGUUGAAAAGGGAGGUCGUUAGGGGUGUGGCGGCGUGUAAGACUGCGAGUGCGUGUUGGACGGGGGAGGGGGUUUGGACGUGGGGGAAGAAUGGGGGGCAGCUGGGGUACGAUAAAGCGACGCAGCCGGUGCAGGUUUCGCCCCGGUUAGUGACGAAAGUGACGAGGCCGGUUAUUGCUAUCGCGUUAACGGAUUCCGCGAUGGCUUGUCUGCUCGUUACGAAGGACGUGGUUCUGUUAUGGAACGAUGGGUUAUCGAAGAUUAAUUUCCCAGCCCAAGGUUUCCCCUCCGAGAUCCAAGCCUACCGCCCGCCGCAAGCCGUCAAUAACGCGGCCAUCGCGAAGGUCGUGUGUUCGAGCGGGGGAGGGGAGAAUCUGUUUGCGGCGGUUUCGGAGAAUGGAGAGAUUUUUACGUUUGGGCCCACCGACGUUGGGAGCAGUGGUGGAGGUGGAGGGGGGUUUGGUGGUGGUGGAGGCGGUGAAGAACGUGGUGAGAAGGAACGUGAAAGGGAGAGGGAGAGGGAGAAGGUGGCGACGGUGAGGCCGCAGAGGGUAUGGGCUUUGAGGAAGCAGUGGAGUGCUGUGAGGGACGCGGCGCUAGGCGCAGACGGCACGAUCAUCAUCUGCACCGAAUCAGGCCACGUCUUCGUCCGCUCCCGAAACCUCAAAGCCGCCCCCUCCCUCCCAAACCUCAACCUCAACGCUCCACCCUCUCUUUCCACCCUCUCCACACACUCAGCAUUAACAUUCUCGUCCCACGCGUCACCCUUCUCCGCGCCUUUCCACACCACACUCCCCAGCUCUUCCUCCAACAGCAACAGUAACGGUAACAAGCCGUUCAAGUUCCACAGGGUACCGUAUAUACAGCGCGUGGUGGCUGUGGGCGCGAAUGAUACGGGGGCGUUGAGCGCGUUGAGGAGUGAGUUUAGGGGGGAGAGGAUCAAGCUCGACGUCGAUGAGGAAGGAGGUAUGGGUAUAAAUAUGGGGAGGGGCGGGAGGAGAGGGAUCGAGAGGGAUUUGGAGGGCGUUAGGCCGUGGGUUGGGUUUGAGGAUCCGGAGGGGGAUGGGGAGAGGGUCGAGCCGGGGAUAUUGGAGAGGACGGUUCGGAAGGAGGGGAUGGGUGAGGGGACGAUGAAGGUGGCGGGUGGGAAGCAGGGGGAGGGAGUGCAGGAGACGUUGGAGGGGCCGGUGGAGGAAGAGGAAGAGGCGGAGGAGGUGGGGGUCGAGGAAGAUGUGAAGGGCUUGGAGGAGCUGUGGAGGGUCGUUGUGAAGGAUGAAAUCAAGAGGAAACAGGAAGGUGGGGAUGGGAGAGGCUUGUUCACGGAUAGGAAUAUUUGGGCGCAUGGAGCCGAUUUGAGUGUGCUGGUCAAGUGGAAAGGCGGAGAGUUCGAGCUCCCGGUGCAUCGGGUGUUGAUGGCCGCGAGGAGUGAACCGCUGACGGGGUUGUUGGACGGGAGAGUGGAGAGUUUGAGGGAUAAGGAGACGGGGAUCUCCAUGAGCGUCCAGGGCUCCUCGGCGAAGUCGUUGCUCGUCUCGGGCUGCCACCCAUUCUCGGUGCUCAUUAUCGCGCAUUAUAUCUACUCGGACCAACUGCUCGCGAUCUGGGACAAUCGAGUCUCGAGACGGAUGCAGCCCCUGCUCUCCACUGGCGGUGGCGGUGGCUCCAAGAACUUGCAGGCGGCACAAGUGACGAAGGAGCUCAGGGGGUUGGCGAGGUUGAUGGGAUUGGAGAAGGCGGAGGAGGCGUUGAGGAGAGCGGCCAAGUAUGAGCCCGAGGGGACGAUGGUCAGGGAUAUGUGUCGCCUUUUCAGGACUAGUCAGCUCGUCUCUCCUGCCACCACCACCACCGCCGCCGCCGGUCCUGUGUCCACGGGAGCGUUGAAACCGGACGUUGUGCUGAGAUUGGCGGAUAGGGAGGUGUAUUGCCAGUCUGCAGUUUUGAGGGCGAGGACACCGUUCUUUGAGGCGUUCUUUGGGGAGGAGGAGUGGACGAGGGAGAGGUGGGAGGGCGAUGAUGAAGGUGCCGAUGGAGGGAAAGUGUUGAGGAUUGAGCUGGGUCAUUUGAGGUGGAGGGCGAUGGAGUAUGUUGUGAGGUUUAUGGUUUGUGGGGAAGAGGAGGGAAUAUUCGAUGGAUUGGAUUUCAUUGAGACCGUGGAUACUUUAUUGGACUUCAUGUUCGAGGUCAUGUCCGCCGCAAACGAGCUCCUCCUGGACCGUCUCCUGCUCAUAUGUUCCUCUAUCAUCCUGAACUACGUCACCGUGCACAACGUCUGCUCCAUCCUCGCCGAUUUCUCGUUCCUCGACUGUACGCCGCUCAUGGAUCGUCUCCACCGCUACAUCGCCGUCAACAUGGAAACCCUCCUCGAAUCACGCAUGCUCGACGACCUCACGCCCCACCUCAUCCGCUCCAUCGCCUCCUCCGUCCGACACCACCAACAGCUCAAGCUCCCCGUAUCGCGAUCCGACCUAUUAGCCAACCAAGCAAUGCAGAAGCCCGAGAUCGCUCGUUGGUUGGCUGAGCAGGAUAUCCCGAAACCGAUCGUAAGGACAGCGAGGCAGGAAAGGGAGGUCAACGCGAAGAUGGCGAUGUCGCCUAGGUUGUCGCCGAAGAGGAGCAGGAAGGCUUCGGGGCCGUCAUCGCCGAUGAGCAGUCCGUUGGUGAGACCAGCGCAGAAGGCGGCGACGGCGUCUGGGCCGCCACCACAGGGAGAUGAUCUGUUUGCGAUGGACGAUGCGGAUUUCGUGCCCGCGUUGAAUCUCGGUGCUGACGCUGUGCAUACGAGUUCGAAUGUGCCGACGCUUGGGGCGGAGAGUGGGGUUCUGCCGGUUGUGUCUGGCUCUCCAGGGAAAGCAGGGCCAUGGAAGGCAAAAUCGGCUGGUCCUCGUGUCGAUAUGAAGGCCAUCCUCGCCGCCGAGGAAGAAGAGUCUCGACAUGCACAACUCCGUCAUGCCAGCUCAUCUUCUCAGCUCGUCAAGGGCAAAGCGACCGCGUCGAGAGAAGACAUGAAGAGGACGCCCGUCGAUCCUGCUCCAGGUUCCUCUGUCCCCGGUUCUUCGGCGGGUCCGUGGCGGGCCACAAUGGCUCCUACCGGUAACGUUCCGUUGGGUCCCACUCCGGGUCAGGUAGUCAAUACGCCGCCGAGGGAGUUAAUGCUCCAGGCAAGGAUGAAGGAGUCUCCUAGGGGAUCGCCGUCGCCGUCGAUGAAUAUCACUCCGGGCCCCGCUACGCCUACGAGGGCGUCUGGUAUGGGUAUGGGGUCGUCGAGACCUUCGCUUGCGCCUGUGCAACCUUCGAUGCCUGGUUUGGGGCCUGUAAUCACGCCAUCGAGACAGGCUCCGUCUAAGCCGUCAAAGUCGGGACUUGCAAUCUCUCGUCAAGCAUCAACCGUGGGCAGUAACAGCGCAUGGACACUCCCUCCCGUCCAACCCAUCGUCGAACCGACGCCCAGCGCCUCCCAAGCACCCAUGUCCUUCGCCGCCAUCCAACAAUUACAGCUCGAGCAGGGCGUCGCGCCCGCGAAGGAUAAACGGUCGUUGAAGGAGAUCCAGGAGGAAGAGAGGGCAAGGCAGGCGGAGGAGGACUUUUUGAAGUGGUGGGCUGAGGAGGAGGAGAGGGUCAGAGUGGAGAAUGAGCAGAUCGCGGCGUUGGUGUCGGAGCAGGGACAAGGGCAGACACAGCGGCGUGGGCAGGUGGCUGGGUCGAGGGGGAAGAAGACGAAGAAGCCGAGAGGGGAGGGGAAGGGGAGGCCGUCGCAGUCUAAUGGGCAGGGCGGGGAGCAGCCAGCUGAGGCCUCUAGGACUGGUGCUGAUGCGGGUGUGGCGGGAGUGUCAAAGGGGCCAAGAAGUGAUGGGCGGAAGCAGGGGUCUCAACAGCAGCAGCAGCAACCACAACAACCACAACAGGGUCAACCCAAACGGCCAUCUGGCUCGAAUCGUAAGGCUUCUAGUAAUGCGAAGAACGUCCCUCGCUCGAACGCGAACCCAUAGCAUCCCAUGGGCCUGAUUAUCUAACUUAUGCAUAUGUCUAGUCUCUAUGUGGCCAUUUCAGUGUCUCCGUUCCUGUAUAAGUACCUUUUUUACACCUUUCGUUCUCAAGUUUGGAAUGUGUACGUAGAAGUAGAUCUCUGGUUUUUGUUUUACCUGCGUUACAGUAUUUCGGUCCUGGCUAUUCUCUUUCGUGGUAGAUUCAGACUUUUCCCAUGUAUACAAGUAGAAUGAUCCUGUAGACUUUCAAGUUGUAGGUCAACGUCAAUACAUGUAUAGGAUGCUCACGAGGCUCGUUGUUCUAUCACUGCUUUCUGUAUAUCUACAAUCCCAUAGCCUCCGACACGUCAGGUUCAAAC